UGACAGCCCUGGUCAGAACAGGAAGAGACGGCCAUGUAAAUACUGAGUUGAGGAUGCUAGCUGGGUCCGCGUUCUAAACGAGAAAAAGGGCAGCUACACCUAAAACACCGGAGCAAAGAUGAGACUGCCUGGUUUACCGGGAAUAUUACGUUUCAGACAUCAGACUGAGAGCCUGUGACCAUGGAUGGAGCCGCUCCCAAAAACAAUGAAUCGAACUUCUUCAACAUCGAGCAUUUGGAUUUAAUCCUCAACAAACACAACUCAAACUUCAUCUGGCUGCUUGUUGCGACCAUUCUGUCCUGUGGAUGGAUCAUUUAUUUAACUUAUUAUAACUCCCGUAACAUCGGCCUCGUUCUCACCCUCAUCAUCAACAGGCUGUAUAAGGAUGGCUACAUCCACAUCGGCUCGUUCUCCUUCUCCGUGCUGUCGGGAAAAGUCAUGUUCAGAGAGGUUUAUUUCAUCAACCAGGACAUGUCCAUCAGGAUUCAGGACGGCCUUCUCAUAUUCCGCUGGUGGAAAAUGUACAACCCCAAACAGAAGCAGCAUGAUCCAAAGGCAGAAACCAGGCUUUACGUGACCGUCAACGGUUUUGAGUUCCACGUCUACAACCGCACCGACCUCUACGCACGGCUGCAGGAGACGUUCGGACUGGAAUCCACACUCCUGACUCCCAAGAAGGAUGAGGAGCGGGGACAAGACACAGAGACUCUGGAGAGUGUGAACAUCAAAGCAGAAAGUCCAGAUCCCACGUCGUCAUGGCGAUCGCUGAUUCCUGUCAUCAAAGUCAACAUCAGCACCGGCCGCUUAGCGUUCGGGAACCACCACCUCCCCCAGACGCUGUGUGUGAACUUUGAAGACGCCUUCCUAACGUACGCCACCAAACCUCCAUCCAGCCACCUGGACCAGUACAUGCACAUCGUCAAAGGCUCCCUGGAGAACGUGCGCGUCAUGCUGGUUCCCAGUCCUCGUUACGUGGGCUUAACAAACGAUGAACCUCCCAGACUGAUGGGCGAAGGCUUUGUUGUGAUGCAGUCCAACGACGUUGACAUCUACUAUUACCAGGAUGAACCCGGUCUUGUCGCUGAGGAGCUGGAGAAUGAGGAGGAGGCGGAAACCAGCAGCGAGGAUGAUAAACUCCAGGACCUUCCGCCGUGUUGGGGUCUUGACAUCGUCUGUGGGAAAGGAACCGACUUCAACUACGGACCCUGGGCGGACCGCCAGAGGGAUUGUCUUUGGAAGUUUUUCCUGCCUGCUGACUUUCAGCCCAUGAGAGAGACGGAACCUGCUCAGCCUGGAAAACCAAGGCAGAUUCAAGCCUUCGAGCUCCGCAUGAACAUCAUUGCUGAUGCCACCAUCGAUCUGCUUUUCACCAAAAACAGGGAAACCAAUGCCAUCCAUGUGAAUGUCGGUGCCGGCUCCUACCUGGAAGUCAACAUCCCCAUGACUGUCGGGGAGAACGGUUACUCUCCCACCAUCAAAGGUCAGCUGCUGCAUGUGGACACCACCAGCAGCAUGCAGUACCGGACUCUUCUGGAGGCCGAGAUGUUAGCUUUCCACGUGAUCGCCAGCUACCCCCGGAUUUGGAACAUGCCCCAGUCGUGGCAGUGUGAGAUUGAGGUGUACAAGGCCACGUACCAUUUCAUCUAUGCUCAGAAAAACUUCUUCACUGAUCUCAUCAAGGAUUGGGCGAGCGACAGCGCUCCUGAUAUCUACUCCUUUGUUCCGUAUUCCUGGAAGUUCAAGGUCUUAUUUCACCAGUUUGAGAUGAUCUGGGCAGCUAACCAGCACAACUGGAUCGACUGCUCCACCAAGCAGCAGGAGAACGUGUACCUGGCAGCCUGUGGCGAGACGCUCAAUAUAGACUUCACUCUGCCUUUCAACGAGUUCGUUCCCUCCACCUGCCACACCCGCUUCAGCCUGAAGGCUGAAGACACAGACAUGCGACUGUCCCUGCCUGAGUGCCACCCAAGCCGCUACCCCCUCCUCACCCUUGCCAAAGACUACCAGAACAUCAAGCUUCCCCCGGACAUGUUCACCUCAUCAGGGGAGAACCAAGGAGCGCCUCCCCCUCCUCCCCCACCUCCGCUUCCCAAAUCCAACAAGCCCCGCUGGAGGAACAUCACCCACGCAGAAGCCGGCUGGGUGGAUUGUUGGAGCGUGCCAAACUUCCUGCUCACCAUCGACUACACCUGGCACCCCAUCUAUCCCCAGAAGGCAGAUGAGCAGCUCAAACAGUCGUUUUCUGAGAUGGAAGAGUCCAUGCUGUCGGCCCUGCGGCCCCCGGAACACACCUCGGCGCUCCACAGCGGCCCGCCUCACUACAGCGCUACAUCAGCCGCCCACAGUCGGGGUCCCACCGAUCCAUCAGAACUCCCUCCUGACAGGCUUCACGUGGAGAUGGAAAUGUCACCUGAUUCUCAGAUCCUGCUCUAUGGGCCUCUGCUUCGAACGCUCAUCUCCAUCAAGGAGAACUAUUUUGGGGAAGAUGACAUGUACACAGACUUUGAGGAGGCCGUUUCCAGCCCCGUCAUGUCUACCUCCACCUCCUCCGGCCUUGGCUGGUCUCCUCUGGGGAUGGCAGACAGCGAGCAGAAGGAAACCUCUGACAUCCAUCCUCUGGACCUGCGGCCGUGGGACAUCACGGUGCGCAUCAACCUCUACAAAGUCCACGGCCGGCUGCCAGUCCACUGCAGCAGCGAUGGUCCCGAAGGCCCGUCAGGUUUCCUAGAGCGGCUCUGCUUUGAGAUGAAAAAGGGUUACAAGGAGACGAUGCUCCAGAUGAUCCUGUCUCCAGUUCACAUCUUCAUCAGCGACAACUACCAGCGGCCCACCGUGGACGGAGUGUUGAGAGACGGGCACCUGAGUCUGUCCGGGCUGCAGAUGAGGGCUCACGCCAUGUUCUCGGCGCAGGGUCUUCCUCUGGGAAGCGACACGCUAGAGUACGCGUGGCUCAUCGACAUGCAGGCCGGAGCGCUGACAGGUCGAGUCACGGUUCCUCAGGUGGCCAGUGUGAUUGAGUGGGGCGAGAGCUUCAUUUUUCAUGUCAUGUCCCGAGAAUUCCAGCUCGAACAACCCAAAACGUCGGUCAACUGCCAACACGGCGUUGACCGUCGCAUCUGUGACUCCAAGCUGAGCUGUCUGCCCGGGCACUGUCGCACGUCGGAGGAUCUGAAGUACACCAUGACGCGGCUGGCCAUGGAUGGAGCUGACCUCUUCUUUGUGGAGCACGGCUGCGCUGCCAACGUCAAGACGGGGAUCAUCCGUGUCGCCAACUGCAACCUGCACAACCAGGCGGUGGGAGAGGGCAUCAGCGCCGUGGUGCAGGAGGUGAACGUGCGACAGUACAUUGAGCUGCAGCUGGCCGGACAAGGUCAGGGUCUGGGUCAGCCCCCCCUGCUGCGGCGUUCUGUCUGGCUUGAGGCAGGUUCAGUCAAGCUGAACCUCAUCACGGCGGAUAUCGCCCUGGCAGCUGACCACCCGGCCAAAUGUGAAGUCCAGAGGCAGUUUCUGGAAUUACAUGACGCCCAGACCAAAAGACUCUGGUUCCUGUGGCCCGACGAGGCGAGCGUUCGGAACAAGCGAGGCAGGAACCGCUGCGGCUGCCUGGGAGGCUGCAGGUUCUUUGGAGGCACCAACAUGGGUCUGGACUUCUUCAAGCUCGAGGAGCUGACUCCGUCCUCCUCAUCUGCGUUCUCUUCGUCCAACGCUGAGCCGGACAUGUCCUACGGCCAGUCCCUACUCCAGCCUGGGGAGUGGAUCAUUACCAAAGAAGUUCCGAAAGUGGAUGGGAGGGUUGUAGGAAUGAAGACGGCCACACAUUCCCCCUGCCUCCCUCCGGAGCUACCUGAGAGGCAGGGUCAACAGCACCUGAGCCUCCAGGUGCCGCAGCGAUCCCAUAGCUCCACCUCCUCCUCAGAAGAAAACAGCUCCUCCAGUGCUGCCUUGCCUCUGCUCGCUGCAGAACGGGACUCGCCCUCCCCGAGCCACGAGGACCGCGUGUUCGCCAUGAACGGGAAAAACCACCUAGACCCCCGGGGGGACAUCCCAGAGGUCUCACCCGUCUCACACAACGGUUCCCAGGACCGCACCUCUGUGCGCUCCCCCCUCUGCUCUCCUCUGAAGCGUCAGUCGUCGGUCCAGUCCGGUCGGCUGGGCAGCACCAAGAGCCUGUCGGCGGCUGUCUUCACUGAUAAGCCUCCUCCAGUCCUCUCAGGAGGAGUCCAGUUCAGCAGCGAGGUCUCCCGCAGUGACGAGAUUGUCCUGGAUUCUCCUCGCCAGCGCCGAAGCUACGGCUCGUUUCCCUUCACGCCAUCCGCGGACUCCAGCACCUUCCACCAGUACCGCUCCGCCGACUCCAGCAUGUCGGUGGCCGACAGCGAGGCCUACUUCUCGGCCACCGAGGACUUUGAGCCCAUCAGCAGUGCCGACGAGGGCCCGGGGACGUACCCGGGCCGCAAGAAGAAGAGGAGGCAGCAGAUGCAGCAGCCGCCGCCGCCGCCCUACCUCAUGGAGAACUACAGCCGGAGUUCCAUUUACCACAGCAUCGAAGGACCGCUCACCUACGUUCUCAAUGGAGAACUCAUCACCGAGCCUCGCCCUCUACCGCCUCCACCGCUACCCCCGCAGCCCCCCCAGCCUCUGGCUAGCCACACCUCCCAGGCCUCCUUUGUGUCAGCCUUGGCCAUGGAGGAGGAGAGCUCGGUGGAGGCGGAGAAGACGGUCGAACCGGGCCUGGUGACCCAGCAGCCCCACGUCAUGGCGUGCUACCAGAACUACCUGGCCCACUACCAGGUUUCUAACUGGUCUGUCAAGCAGCCAACCAACAAACGGACAUCCAAGUCCUCUUUGCACCGCCCUCUUGACUUUGACACGCCCACAAGUGAAGAAAGCUCCGCCUCUUUUGACCAGCUGUCUGUCCCCAGCUUUAAGGCGACAAAGCAGGGCCUCUCAGCCAGCUCGCUCUUCGACAGAGGAGUUCAGUUGAUGGGGGAGACCAACAGCAGCACUCCAUACACUCCUCUGGAUAAAAGGGCCAUGGAGUACACGGAUGAGGACACGACCACGGAUGACUGGACGCUUGAGCAGCCUCUGUCCCAGACCAGAACCACCGCCAUAGUGGAGGUGAAGGGGGCUAUCAAUGUGGUGCUGACGCCGCUCGUAGCCGAAUCUCUGGACAGGUACAUCGAGUCUAUGGUCCACUUUGCCAGCAUCCGGCACCCGGCGGCCAUUCUGGACGACCUGCACGGAAAAGUCCUGAAUGAAGCCUAUCAGAUCAGCAAGUCCACGGUCACCGAGUUGAGCCAAACGGCAAAACAGGAGCAGAAGCUGUCCAAGACGGAGGGCACGACCCCCGCCUCGCUCAACGCCUCUCACGGCCAGACGGAGCUGUCUGUCAAACCCGAUAAUGUGAAGAUCAAGGGGCUUCAAGCCAGCGUGUCCAUCCCCAAGGUGAACCUUUGCCUCCUGCAGGCUUCUGUAGAGGAGGGAUCCCCAUCCAGCACCAGCAGAUGUGUCCCACACAUGUCUCUGGUGGCGCUGUGCUUCGACCGGAUCGCCACCCAGUUCAGGAUGAACAGGGGGAUUGUAGAGGAGACCCCCAACACCACGGAGCAUGGCCGACCCUCCGUCUCAUUGGACAAAUACGCCUCUGCCACCAAGAUGCAGCCUCAGUCCUCUGGCUCGUUACGCUCCAACGCCGGAAUCGAGAAGGGCAAAGAGAUCGCUGCCAGGCUGAACGUCCACCGGAUCCACAGCCAGCUUCGAGGCCUGGACUGCACAGACGAGGGCACGUUUGCCAUCACAGCCAUCCCCUUUGAGAAGUCCAAAGUUCUGUUUGGUUUGGAGGAAAUGGAGGAAUUCUCCAUGGUAGAUGAAACCGACACCCAGACACCGGGAACCGAUCCGUGCCGUUCCGGGUCAUCGCUGGAGAAAUGGGGCUGGAUCAUGUUUGAAUGUGGCAUCGAGAACCUGACGGUUAAAGGUGGCCGUCAGUCUGGAGCUGUUCUCUACAACGCCUUCGGCAUGAUGGGCCGCUCGGAUGCGGGAGGGAAGAUGGGAAUGUCCAAGUCCAAUGGUUCAAGCGGCUCCCAGACAGGAAGCGGUUACAGCACAGACAUGUCCGAUGACAACCUGCCUCCUGACGCCAUCAGUCCGAACUCUGACGCCAACGAGCACACGGACUCAGACGACCAGGAUGAAGGUGUGGAGUCGGACGACCUGAAGAAGGACCUCCCGCUCAUGCCUCCGCCACCAGAUUCCAGCAGCAUGAAGCUCACCAUCAGAGAGAUCUGGUUCAGUUUUGCUGCUCCCACUAAUGUUUGCUCAGCUUCUGAGACCAUGUCCAGGCAGCUGAAUCUGCUCAGCACCGCCACACCUGCAAUCGGAGCCUGGCUGGUUCCCAUCGACCAGCUCAAGUCUUCUCUACGCAAGCUGGACAUGGAGGGCACGCUGAGGGUGUGUGCAGUGAUGGGCUGCAUCAUGACCGAAGCUCUGGAGAAAAAGAGCAUCCACAUCCCGAUCCGCAGCAAGUACAACCGUGUGACCAAGCGAGCGCGCUACUUGCACGAGAACCCCUCCUGUAUGCUUUGCAACAUCCUGCACCGCUACCUGCAGCAGGCAGACUACUCCAUCAUAGAGGAGGCCACCAUGAAUGACGGCGUCCCCGCUCUGGUGACCCUGAAGAAGGGUCUAGUGGCUUUGGCCCGACAGUGGAUGAAGUUCAUCGUGGUGACCCAGGGCUUCAAGGCGAUCGGUCUGAUUGGACCCAACCAGCUCACCAAAGCCAAGGAGGCUCCGCCAAGCCUGGGAGGCCCAAUGGGACUGGACAACGGAGCGGCGCUGCAGAGCGACACCAGCGCCGAUGGUGCUGAGUUUGAAUAUGACGCAGCUGCAGUGAGUGAACACACCAUGCUGCUGGAGGGGGUGUGCAGUCGUCCUCCACCCAAAGAGACCACCUCUGGUCCCGUCAGCGGGGUGGAGAUCAUGAGGAAGCUCUCCAAGUCCCACACACACAACGAGUCUGCUCUCAGGAUAAAGGGCUCACAUCCCUACCAGUCGCUGAGCUACACCAGCGGUGACACGGCCGCUGACUCACCUGCCCAUGUGAGCCGGGUCGGACCGACAGCCAAGGACAGCCCGAGGAAGGAGAGCCUCCUGAGCAACCUGACGGGCAGCUUUCGCAGCCUGCACAACCUGCUGGAGGGCACGCCUCAGAGGAACGAGCCGUCUGCAGCCACUGCGGCCAAGAGCGGCUCGCUGACCCGCACAGGGACCGACAUGCUAACGGAGCACCCUCUGCUGUCCGAACCGUCCUCUGUCAGUUUCUACAACUGGAUGUCCAACGCUGUUGGGAACCGGACCGGCGCUGCAGCUCAGGAGUCUCCGCUCAGCCGCUCUCAACACAACAGCCUGCAGACAGGGGGCAUGUGCAACCUGCCCACCAUCCCCUCAGCGUCGGACUUCAACACGGUUCUGUCCAGUGACCAGAACACCCUGGACGGGACCCACUCCCAACACAGCACCAGUCAGGAAGACAUUGUGGACAUCGAGGAGGGGAACCAGUGUCCAGCAGCCGUCCAGCUGGCCGACGCCCAGGUGGUUUUCAAGCCUUUGCUGAGCUACACGGGCAUCCAGGCCCAAGAUGCCACUCCACUCAGCUACAAGAUGUACUUCGGAGAGCAUUUAUCCUUCUCUGGGAACCUGGAGUGUCUCCGAGCAGACAUCGUUGAUUCCGACACAACCAAAGAGCGCAAAAACAAGCGUUCCCGGAGACAAGGCACGGUGAACCUACCUCCGCUGGAGUUCAAGCCAGCUCUGCUGAUCGAGACCUUCAGCGUGAACGCCGUGGUGAUGGAGAAGUCUACCAGCGCUCCCCAGGGUCCCACCGCCGCUCCGCUCUCCUUCCAUGACCUCAACCGGCGCCACUACAACACCUUCCACUGUGACUUCACCACUGCCUGCCAGGCCAUCAGCCAGCGCGUGGACAUGGCGCUGGUGCGCCUCAUCCACCAAUUCAGCACCAUGAUCGACGACAUCAAGGCCACACAGACUGACAUCAAGCUGAGCCGCUACACCGCCGGCUCCGCCUCGCCAACGCCCACCUUCAAGGCCCGGCCCUACCACCACUUCAGGUCCUCGGACUUCAGCCGCAGCUCCAGGGGGAGCCUGAACGGGGCGGGUCGCAGUGGGACCCAGACCCUGAAGAGCAAGAGAGGGGUUGUUGGAGGCGGGGGGGCUGGGGGAGGAGCAGGCGGUCCUCCUUCUGGACCUCCAUCAGCCAUGGACACUUUAGGAAGACGGGAGCCGAGAGGACGGACCUCCAUCGGACGUUCAGAGCGACGCACCUCUAAGGUGUCGAGGAAGGGCUCGCGUGACGUGGCAGACCACAUGGCGAUCCAGAUGGACGACUCGGACUCCAUCACGGUGUCGGAGCAGAGUGAGCCGUCAGCAGAGUGUUGGCAGAACAUGUACAAGCUGCUCAACUUCUACUCCCUCAUCUCCGACCCCACCGGCAUCCUGGAGAAGAGCUCCCCGGAAAACUGCCUCUCAGAAAGUGGGCGUCGCCCCUCGGAGCCGUUCUGUAAGGUGACCUUUGAGAACGAGCAGCAGGAACCGGCCACGCCCAACAAGCCAUUGGGGGCGGGCGGGCGGCGCCGCAGCCUGGUGAGCUCCGAGCCCCAGCACGUCACGCUCAUCGUGUUCGGCAUCGGCAUGGUGAACCGCACUCACCUGGAGGCGGACAUCGGCGGGCUGACCAUGGAGGCGGAGCUAAAGAAGAUCCAUGGGAGCUUCACCCUGAAAGAGAAGAUGAAGGAUAUUCUUCACCAGAAAAUGACAGAGACGUGUGCGUCUUCUCAUAUCGGAGGAAUAAACAUCGUCCUGCUGGAGGGGAUAACACCAGACAUCCAACUGGAGGAUUUCCCCACGUCUCCCACCAGCACCGCUAAACAAGAGUUUCUAACGGUGGUCAAGUGUAACAUCGCCAAGUCCCAGGCUCUGUACAGCGCCCAGCGCGGCCUGAAGACCAACAACGCCGCUGUCUUCAAAGUGGGGGCCAUCAUGAUCAACAUCCCCCAGCAUCCGGCGACGCUGCACAGCAUGAUGGUCCGGAGCUCCCAUCAACUCUCCAAGCAGAUCGCCGACCUCAUCCGGCAGCCGUCAAACGUUCAACCUCCUAACAGAGAGGACACGCCCACCCCCCAACCUUCCGACAAAGCGUCCAGCAUCAAUCAGACCCCCGUGGAGGCCAACGAGUUCCCCCAGCUCCCAGAAGGUCUGGAGAAGAAGCCCAUCGUUCUGAAGUUCAGCGCCACGAUGGACGGCAUCACUAUCGGCGCCGCACUGCUGCCCUCGCUGAAGGCGGAGUACAAGAUGGGCGCCAUGAAGAGCCAUGGCAUGACAGGAGCUCAGACCAGUUUCACCUUUGAGUUGCCACACCACAAACUGUGCUUUCAGUCCAAAGUGUCCCCAGUGGACUUGUCCACCAUGUCCCCAUCAGCCAGCCUGACUCUUCCUCAGGUCACCAUGUCAGGGGAGUACAUCAUGGAGGAUCACGAGAGCCACUCGGAUCAGGGCUGGGCACCAGAUGACUUCCCAGCAAAGCAGGGGAACUACCUGCAAGGAAACUACCUGCGAUGUGUCGCCGAGAUCGGAUCAUUCGAACACAACCUGACCACAGAUCUGCUCAACCACCUGGUUUUCCUGCAGAAGGUUUUCAUGAAAGAAGUCAACGAAGUCAUUCAGAAGGUUUCAGGAGGCGAACAACCGAUUCCUCUGUGGAACGAACACGACACCUCGACAGAUGCAGACAAGCCCAAAAUUCUGCUUUACUCCCUCAGUCUGAUGUUUAAGGGGAUCCAGAUGACCGCCACCACUCCCUCCAUGCGGGCCGUGCGCUUCGAGACGGGCCUGAUUGAGCUGGAGCUGUCUAAUCGGAUCCAGUGCAAGGCUCAGCCGGGAGGCAGCAGCAGCUACCUCAAACUCUUCGGAAAAUGCCAGGUGGACCUGAACCUGGCGCUCGGACAGAUCGUUAAGCACCAGGUGUACGAGGAAGCCGGCUCUGACUUCCACCAGGUGGCAUACUUCCGUACUCGGAUCGGCCUGCGGAACGCGCUGCAGGAGGAAAUCAGCGGCUCGUCCGAUAAGGAAGCUGUCCUCAUCACGCUGAACCGGCCCAUCGUUUUUGCACAGCCAGUGGCGUUUGACCGAGCCGUGCUCUUCUGGCUGAACUACAAGGCGGCGUACGACAACUGGAAUGAGCAGCGCCUGGCCCUGAACAAGGACAUCCACAUGGCCACUAAGGAGGUGGUGGACAAGCUGCCGGGCAUUCAGCAAACCUCCGCCCAGGCCUUUAGCACCCUCUUCCUGCAGCUGACGGUCAACGACCUCGGCAUCUGCCUCCCGAUCACCAGCUCCUCACAGAAAGGACAAGCUGCCCAGGAGGGCGGUUCUGAAGCCAAGGUCUCCGACCCAACCGGCCAGCGGAAAAAAACACUCAAAACCAAUCACAGCAUAGACUUCGACACCGGGUCGGCUCUGGUUCUGACCAUCGAGAGCACCCUGAUCACUGCCUGCUCCUCAGAGUCCCUGGUGAGCAAAGGACACUUCAAGAACUUCUGCAUCCGCUUCGCUGAGGGCUUCGAGACCACCUGGGAUGACUGGAAACCGGAUAUCCGAGGAGACCUCGUCAUGAAUGCCUGCGUGGUUCCUGAUGGAACGUACGAAGUGUGUUCCAGGACCACGGGCCAACCCUCAGCAGAGAGCAGCAGUGCCGGGACCUGGACUCUCAAUGUGCUCUGGAAGAUGUGUGGGAUUGACGUUCACAUGGACCCAAACAUUGGGAAGCGCCUCAACGCCCUGGGGAACACGCUGACAUCACUCACAGGCGAGGAGGAUGUAGACGACAUCGCCGACCUGAACUCCGUCAACAUCGCUGACCUGUCGGACGAAGACGAAAACGACACAAUGUCACCAGCCAUCCACAUGGUGAGUCCAGAGAGCCCGUUCAGCCCUCGGCUCACCUUAAGGAAGCGUCUGGUAAACCACAUCCUGGGCCUCAGCCCCAGGCCUCUGAGUGUGUCCGACCCACCGGAUCACUUAAUCCAAACGGGCAGUACCAAGACCCAAAGACCCCUCUCCUGGGCCUGUGAGACCAUCGACCCCCGCAGGCUGACGGUGACGGGGAACCAGAUGGUGGACGCUCGGGGCAGGAAGUUCACCAAGAGGGUGGUGGACAUCCGGGAGCUGAACGAGCAGGCCAAAGUCAUCGAUGACCUCAAGAAACUAGGAGCCAGCGAGGGCACCAUCAACCAGGAGAUCCAGCGCUACCAGCAGCUGGAGUCGGUGGCCGUCAACGACAUCAGGAGGGACGUCCGGAAGAAGCUGCGGCGCUCCAGCAUGAGGGCGGCUUCUCUGAAGGAUAAAUGGGGUCUUGGCUACAAGCCGAGCUACAACCGCUCCAAAAGCAUCUCUGCUGCUGCUGGCCGGCCUCCUCCGAAGAGGAUGGACCGGCAAAGUUCCAGGAUGGGAGACGUGGACGAUUUUCCAGAUAUCCGUGUGGACGCGUCGUCUCCGGGACCUCGGGUCACCUUCAACAUCCAGGACACGGAGUCGGCCCAGGCGCCCGUCAGUCCAGAAGGAGUGUUCCAGUUUCCUGAGGAGCCAGAGAUGGACCUGUUGUCAGUCACCAUUGAUGAUCCAUCCCAUCAUCACCUUCACCUCCAUUCUCCAUCCGCUGUCGAGGGUCUGCAGUCAGUUUUCAGUGCCCCCACCACCCCCGUUGUCUUCUCACCCGCAAUGUCCUUCCAGCACGAUGACAUUAGACGAGACGACCUGUCCUCUUCGUCCUCGGACGACUCGGAGAAGGAAGACGAGUUUGAGAGGCCAUCCAGCUACCGCAGACCUCUUCAAACAUCUCACAAGAGGUCCUCGGGCUUUUCUGCGGUCAGUCAGCUGUUCAGCGAGCGCUGGCCGACCACGCCGGCCAACCGCAGCUUCGGUGGCCCGACGUCGGAGAAGAACAUCGACUUUGAGCUGGACGUUCGGGUGGAGAUCGAUAGCGGGAAGUGCGUCCUUCACCCGACCACCCAGCAGGCUGAGCAGGAGGACGUGUCCCUCAGGAGGAGCUACGAUCGCAGCCUGAGGAGUCUGGAUCAGGAUUCUCCUCCCAAGAAGAAGAAGCUCCAGCCCACUUACAUCUCCACCUCGCACCUCCUCGCUGGGAAGAAAUGCCCCUCCUCCCUGCAGACCAAACCCAACGACCUGGAGACCACCGUCUUCUACAUUCCAGGGGUGGACGUGAAGCUGCACUACAACUCCAAGACCCUGAAGACGGAGUCACCCAACGCCUCGCGGGGAUCCUCCCUCCCCCGCACGCUCUCCAAAGAGUCCAAGCUGUUUGGUAUGAAAGAUAGUGGCCCUCCAACCCCCCCCAAUGCUGCCCAGAGCAAGACUAACUCGCUCCUACCUCCCCCGCCCCCACCCAUCCCGUCAGCCAAAGGAAAAAGCAUCGGAGGAGUGAAGACUGCUAAGCUGUAUGCCUGGGUGGCUCUGCAGACCCUCCCAGAGGAGAUGGUCAUCAGCCCCUGUCUGCUGGACUUCCUGGAGAAAGCCCUGGAGACCAUCCCCAUCACACCUGUGGAGAGGAACUACACAGCUGUGGCCCAGCAGGAGGAGGACAUGGGUCAGUUUGAUACGGUGGAGCCGCUGGAGGAGUCCGGCACCUCCCUGGUUUCCUCCUCUACGUCUGCCUACUCGUCGUUCCCAGUAGACGUGGUCGUUUACGUCCGUGUUCAGCCUUCCCAGAUCCGGUUCAGCUGCCUGCCCAUGUCCAGGGUGGAGUGUAUGCUCAAGCUGCCCUCCUUAGACCUGGUCUUCUCCUCGAACCGGGGAGAACUGGAGAUCCCGACUGGACCCGCCCCUUCAGAAGGAUCUCAACCGCCCUCCUCCACUCCACCAGGCCAGCACGUCCCCAAACUACCUCCCAGUAAAGCGUCUCCAUUGUUGGGGAGCCCUUUGGGUCGGAGCCGCCACAGCAGCAGCCAGUCGGACCUAACCGGACCUCCUAGUACCUCCUCAGGCCUGAGCUUCACCGCCUGCAUGUCCGACUUCUCUCUCUACGUCUUCCAUCCCUACGGAGCCGGGAAGCAGAAAUCAGCAGUGACCGGCUUGCCUCCGGGCCCUGGACCGCUAGGUACGGUCGACGAGGAGCCGUCCUCCGUGACGGGGAGGAAAGACUCUCUGAGCAUCAACCUGGAGUUUGUUAAAGUCAGUUUAUCCAGGAUGAGGCGUACCGGAGGUCCGACCUUCAUCGAGAGCUUCGCCAAAGGAGGGAAAAUGGACACGACCCUCAUCAACAUCUCAGCCGUGUGCGACAUCGGCUCGGCUUCCUUCAAGUACGACAUGAGACGACUGAGUGAGAUCCUGGCAUUCCCGAGAGCCUGGUACCGCCGGAGCAUCGCCAGACGCCUCUUCCUGGGAGACCAGACCAUCAACCUUCCAGCGGCCUCUGGCCCCGCCACGCCUGACUCAGCUGAAAACAUCACCCAGCAUCUUUCCCCCGAGUCUAGCCGGAAAGCCUACUGGCGGACCUGGGAUGGCAGCACCGGGACUCACAUCCCUCAGUCCCCCAACGUGUUUUCAGAGCAUUCCACUGGGAGCCUGGGUCACCUCAAGUCCCCCGCUCCGGGUCGCACUCGGAGCGUGUCCGAUUCCUCCGCUCCCAGACGAGACUCGGUGAGUAAAACGUCCACGCCAUCCUUCGGGAAGAACGGGAAGUCGGCCGGUCAGCAGGGCUCUCCCUGGGAGACGCUGGUGGUUUUCGCCAUCAACCUGAAACAGCUCACAGUCCAGAUGAACAUGAGCAACGUGAUGGGAAACAACACCUGGACGACCAGCGGCCUGAAGAGCCAGGGCCGGCUUUCUGUGGGAAGCAACCGGGACCGUGAGAUCAGCAUGUCCGUGGGCCUGGGCCGCUCCAAGCUGGACUCCAAGGGCGGAGUGGUGGGCGGGAACAUUGACGUGAACACCCUGGAGAUGGUCUCUCACAUCUCUGAGCACCCAAACCAGCAGCCCAGUCACAAGAUCCAGAUCACCAUGGGUUCUACGGAGGCCCGGGUGGACUACAUGGGCUCCAGUAUCCUGAUGGGAGUCUUCAGCAACGCCGACCUGCAGCUGCAGGAUGAGUGGAAGGUCAACCUGUGCUCCGUGGACAACAGCCUGUCGGAAAAAAGUGAGAUCUUUGUCCACGGCGACCUCCAGUGGGACAUUUUCCAGGUGAUCAUUUCCCGCUCCACCACACCAGACCUCAUUAAGAUCGGCAUGAAGCUGCAGGAGUUCUUCACCCAGCAGUUCGACACCAGCAAGCGGGCCCUGUCCACAUGGGGCCCCGGCCCCUACGUGCCUCCCAAGACCCCCGUCAUCAGCACUGAGAAGGGAUCCGCUGAGCUGUACAUGGAUGCGGCCCAUCACCGGCACUGGCCCGGUGUUCUGAAGGUGGUGGCGGGCUGCCACAUCUCCCUGUUCCAGAUGCCUCUCCCCGAGGACGCCGUUCAGCUGGGCGGUUCCAUGAGCCUCCACGGGAAUCACAUGACUCUGGCCUGCUUCCACGGACCCAACUUCCGCUCCAAGUCCUGGGCUUUGUUCCACCUGGAAGAGCCCAACAUCGCCUUCUGGACCGAGGCCCAGAAGAUCUGGGAGGACGGCUCUAAGGACGACUCCACCUACAUAGUCCAGACUCUGGACUUCCAUCUGGGUCACAACACCAUGGUGACCAAACCCUGUGGAGCCCUGGAGAGUCCGAUGGCCAUCAUCACCAAGAUCACCCGCCGACGACACGAAAACCCCCCGCAUGGAGUCGCUACGGUGAAGGAGUGGUUCAACUACGUCACCGCCAUGAGACACGAAGAACUGAACCUGCUCAGGAACGUCGAAGCCAACAACCCGGAAAGCGGCGCGACGGCUAAAAGCUCUAGCCUGCUGAGCAGCUUCCGAAGUUCGCACAGCUACAACCAUGAGAAUGAGACCAUCUUUGCCCUUCCCAGAAUGCAGCUGGACUUCAAGUCCAUUCACGUCCAAGAUCCAGACGAGCCGGUUCUGACCGACUCCAGCAGCAAACCCAAAGUGGAGUGCAGCAUGGUGACGGAGUUCACCGACCACAUCUGCGUUACUAUGGACGCCGAGCUGAUCAUGUUCCUCCAUGAUCUGGUGUCGGCCUACCUGAAGGAGAAGGAGAAAGCUCUUUUUGCCCCACGCAUGUUUGUGACUCGGCCCGGUCAGAAGAGUCCCACGGCCCUGCAGGACGACGACUCCACCAACAAGGACAAGGACGACGGCAUCAACUGCACCACGGUGGACUGGAGGGAGUUCAUGUGCAACACCUGGCACCUGGAGCCCACGCUCAGGCUCAUCUCCUGGACGGGCCGGAAGAUCGAUCCCGUGGGAGUGGACUACAUCCUGCAGAAACUGGGCUUCCACCACGCCAGGACAACGAUUCCCAAGUGGCUGCAGCGCGGCGUGAUGGACCCGCUGGACAAAGUGUUGUCGGUUCUGAUCAAGAAGCUCGGCACGGCCCUGCAGGACGAGAAGGAGAAGAAAGGCCGGGACAAGGAGGAGCACUGAGGAGAAACACUGGACUCGUGCAUCACUGCUGCGUUUUUAAUCGUUUCCACACUAAACCCUGUGAUCGUCUGCAAGCUCGUUUGCCACUUUCAGCUCCGACUGAAGCGUUUUGCACCAAUUAUUUUUUAAUCUCACUGUACGUUUGGAACCAAGUAGUUUUAUUACUCUGCUUUAACUCCCAGCCUGUGAAACCUGGUUUACCCGCUUAUAUAAAGAUGACCACUAGCUCAAGAGGAUCGACUUGUUGAAUCAUUGCCUUUUUGUUUCCCAUGGAACACAAUGCUUUAUGUACUUUAAAUAUUUUAGACCAGUUCAGCGAUCUUGUUUUUGACAUGAGGUGCUCCGCUCAGCCACCAGGAUGAUUGUAACUAUUAAUUCAACAGCGAUCACCGUCGGUAUUAUUUAUUGGUAUGUGGGAAUGUAAUUUUAUGUGAUGUUUUUGUCUUUUUUUAAUCCACUCUGUAGAACAUGUGUACAUAGAUCAAUUUCGUAAAUGUGAUGAUUUCCUAACUUAAUAAAACUGCUGCCAUUCGUUUGAAAUUAAA